GAAUUCGGAAUACAGAAAAUACUACAAGAUGAUUGGACUUCUCAUACUGACGCUGAUCCCCGCUGCCCUGGGGCACGGCUACCUCCAGGAUCCCCCCUCACGAUCAAGUAUGUGGAGGUUCGGGUUUAACACGCCCCACAACUACGACGACAACCAACUGUUUUGUGGAGGAUUCGAUAGACAAUGGAAUAAAAAUGGCGGAAAAUGUGGGAUCUGUGGUGAUCCCUGGGAUGGCGUACGUGAAAACGAGGCUGGAGGACGAUAUGCAACUGGAAUAAUAAGCAAAAGAUACACCGAAGGACAAAUCAUCGACGUUAAAGUGAAAAUCACAGCCUCUCAUUUAGGAUAUUUCGAAUUCCGUUUAUGUCCGAAUAAUAAUGUUCAUAAGCCUGCAACACAGGCCUGUUUAGAUCAAUAUGUCCUUCAUCAACCUUCUGGGAGUGUUCGAUUCAUGGAACAAGGACGUCCCCAGACCUACUCAAUAAAGCUCAAACUGCCACGGGGGCUCACGUGUACUCAAUGUGUUCUACAAUGGAAAUAUAAUGCAGGUAAUAGUUAUGGACUUUCCUCGUACGGACAGACAUGUAAAGGAUGUGGCCAGCAGGAACAAUUCUACGGCUGCGCAGACAUCGCCAUCGGCCAGUCCUCCAUUGGGUCUCAGCAAGGCGGAAGUUAUCAGCCAAACGUACCACACAACGUGGUGGUGCGCCCUCAGCUCCCUCUGGCGGUAGUCGGCGGCAGUUCGAACACGUGCACCGCUGUACCAGCAUUCAAAAUGAUCAGUCCAUUGGCUGCUGAUAACUGGUGCAUUAGUAACUGUCGGAGGGGAAACUGUCCGCCAUCCUACUGUAACCCAGCGUGUCAAAGUCUACGUGUGUAUGGUAAAUGAUGUGUUCAAUUGCUUUGGUAUUCACUAAUUUUGAACCAGUAAUUUUGAAGUACCAAGUGCCUUUCUAGUCUUUCAUUUUAUGCUACGAUUCUUGUAUUUUUUUAUGUUUUAUAAUUUAUUUUUAAAAGUAUUUUUCAAAAACUUUUUUGCAUUAUGAUUGCCAUAAAUUCAUCAGUUGAUCACAAUCUUGACGAACAACAUUGUACUCAUCUCGUCGCGAUACUUUGUAGAAUAGAAUCCAUCACAAAGCUCAAUCCUCGCAUUUUUGUACAAGUAUUCAUUUUUGUGUCAUUUUAGUACAUAUUACU